AUGGGAGUCUGUAAUUGGCUGAGCAAUGUGAUUGGUUGUGGAGGAGACCGACGAGGAGGAGGCUUCAGUGUGACGGUGUGUGGGCUGGUGUGCGGUCGUGUUGGCGGUGGUUGUCCAGACAGAGACAAGGUCGAGGAAUUCACAUAUCGUUAUUCUGGUCGUCUUGUUCGAGUUACGAAGACUGCUAGACCCGCUGCCGUGCCUAACGCCGCGUACGAGAAGAAGUCCUCGAAGAAGGCCUCGGUGGCCUCCUGA